UGACGGUGCGUGUGUGCGACGCGAGCGGUGGUAUCGGGGGAGAUGUGGCGGGCCGCCGUCCGCGUGGCCGCGUGAGGUCAGCCACUGCUAUGGAGGAUUCGGACACAGCGUGGACGCCAUGAUCAUCCAGAGCGAGGCGGACGCAGACGCCAAAGCCGGUGACGCGCGGUACCGGCUGACCGAGGCGCUGCUGGCGGCCGAGCGGCGCUACCUGACCUCGGUCAAGGCUGUCGAGCAGAUCUACGGCACGCCGCUGCGCAAGCUCAGCUCCAUCAGCCCUGAGCAGCACCGCCAGCUCUUCACCGGCAUUCAGCCUGUCUGCUCUGUCAGCGCCAUGCUCAUCAACAAGUUGGAGUGCACGCUGGCUGCCUGGGACCGGACCGAGACCCGCGUCGGUGGACUCUUCUCCAAACAACUGCUGGCUCAGUAUGACGAAUACAAGGAAUUCUACGCCAGAGCACGAGAGCUGCUGCGAGAGAAGCAGACGACGGAUGAGGAGUUCGUCGAGUUCUGCAAGCUGCGGCGUGGAGCGGCCAAGCACACGCUCGACACGCUGCUCUCCCUGCCGCGCCCCCAUUCGUAA